AUGAGUAAAUGUGGCAAGUCGUUUUACAUCAAGGUUUCUUUUUCUGUAAGGUGUUUUGUGUCAGGAGCAUAUAAUAAAAUGGGAAAAGAUAAUGAAUUGGUUGCAGCUGAAGCAAAAUUGUUGCUUGAAUCAAGAAAAAUUGUGCCUCCUCUUACUCAAAAAAGCUAUAAGGGCCAAGCUGGCCGUAUUGGAGUGAUUGGGGGCUCUUUGGAGUAUACGGGGGCGCCUUAUUUUUCUGCCAUUUCCGCUUUGAAGGUUGGAUGUGAUUUAUCACAUGUCUUUUGUCCCAAGGAUGCUGCUAUAGUCAUAAAAUCUUACAGCCCUGAAUUAAUUGUUCAUCCAGUCUUGGAUGCAAAAAAUGCAGUAGAACAAAUUAAACCUUGGAUUCCUCGUCUUCAUGCUCUUGUUAUUGGACCAGGCUUAGGAAAGGAACCAAGUGCAAUUGAAAUUGUCAGUGACAUCAUCAAUUUAUGUCGCACUGGUGAUUCAGAGUACCAAAAACCACUAGUUAUUGAUGCUGAUGGAUUGUUUAUGAUUACACAAAAUCCAGAAGUUAUCCGCAAUUAUCCACAUGGUGCAAUUCUUACUCCAAAUGCUAUAGAAUUCUCUCGGUUGGCAAAAGUUAUUUUGCAAGAGGACUGGGCUGCCACGCCAGAACCUGCAAUGGAGAAUGUAAAGAGGUUAGCUGUUGCUCUUGGGCCAAAUAUUAUUGUAUUACAUAAAGGUAAAGUUGAUGUUAUUGCUGAUGGUGGUAGUGGUUCUGUGUGGCAAUGUUCAGGGCCUGGUGUAGGUAGGCGCUGUGGGGGGCAAGGUGAUCUUCUUUCAGGCAGUCUUGGAGUGUUUUAUACUUGGGCAUUGAUGGCUUCUCGAAAAAGUGAUAGUAAGUGCCAGUUUCCUCCUGGUGUUAUUGCAUCCUACGCUGGCUGUAGACUUACUAGAGAAUGUGCUGUAAGAGCUGUUGCAAGAGCUGGUCGGAGUACUGUUGCAUCUGAUAUGAUAGAUGAAAUUCAUCCUGCUUUUGAAACUUUGUUAGGAGAGUAA